UCAGUAGAUUGAAUACUUAUGUAAGAAUGUGAGAAAUGUGUCCGUCAUUCUAAUCAGAUUCAAGAAAAAGUGCAUACCAUUAAUAUGCUUAAAUGACAAGUAAAAAUAGUGUAAUCUCCUUCUUUUGCGCUUAACAUCAAAAUUACUUUGCUUGGUCUAAGAGUUCGGCAUCCAACUAUCUCCACUUAAUGUCAAAUUGCUACUGGAUUUUCCAAGUUCCUUCAAUCUUAAUGAAGCUCAAAUGUCCCUACUUAGACUUUGUUCUCAUUGCAAAUCCAAUGACUCUAUCCUCUAACUCCUUAAAUCGUCUGAAUUUAUGGUAAAUGUUAGAUUGAGUUUUAAUGUCAUUACUUAUAUCGAAUGGCCUGGGUCUGUUGACUGAACCAUAGAGCAUGUUUAUUGCAGGGUACAUCCUUCCGGAGCUCGAAAUCAUAGGAUGGAUCCUACUAGCAAGAACUUCAUGUGGGAUGUUAUGCCUAUUGGCAUUUUUAAUCUAUAAGUUUACAAGAAGACAUUUAUCAAUGUUCGAUACCAUUGAAGGUUUUCUACAGAGUCAAAACAACCUGAUGCCGAUUAGAUACUCGCACUACGAAAUAAAGAAGAUGAGCAGAGGUUUCAAGGACAAGUUGGGGGAAGGAGGCUAUGGUUCUGUAUACAAAGAAAAGCUCCGAAGCGGUUAUGUCGCCACAAUAAAGAUUUUAGGAAAGCCCAAAUCCAAUGGCCAAGAAUUCAUCAAUGAAGUUGCUACCAUUGGAAGGAUUCAUCAUGUCAAUGUGGUUCGACUAAUCGGAUUUUGUGCUACGAGAUCUAAACGAGCUCUUGUUUACGAAUUCAUGCCUAAUGGCUCUCUUGAGAAAUACUUAUUUUCUCAAGAAGGAAACAACUCCUUAAGUUGCAAGCAAAUGUAUGACAUUUCUGUUGGAGUGGCACGUGGGAUCGAAUAUUUGCACCAGGGUUGUGACAUGCAAAUCUUGCAUUUUGACAUCAAGCCUCACAACAUUCUUUUAGAUGAGAAUUUCAAUCCAAAAGUUUCGGACUUCGGGCUUGCAAAACUAUAUUCAACAGAUAAUAGCAUGGUGUCUCUUACUGCAGCAAGAGGAACAAUUGGCUACAUGGCUCCAGAGUUGUUCUACAAAAAUAUUGGACGUGUUUCGCACAAAGCUGAUGUUUAUAGUUACGGGAUGUUGUUGAUGGAAAUGGCAGGUAGGAGGAGGAACUUGAAUGCAUUUGCCGAUCACACAAGCCAAAUUUACUUUCCUUCGUGGAUUUAUGACCAAUUCAAAGAAGGAAAGGAAAUCGAAAUGGGAGAAGCCACGGAUGAGGAAAGGGAGAUGGUGAGGAAGAUGGUUAUAACAACGCUAUGGUGCAUCCAAAUGAGCCCUAGCGUUCGUCCUUCGAUGAACAAAGUUGUUGAGAUGCUUGAAGGAAACAUUGAAGCUCUUGAAAUGCCUCCCAAGCCUUUCUUAACUCCUCAAGAGAUGCCAGUUGAAGAUCAAUGAAACAACUUAUAUCUCUAUCUAUUGAGUUGCUAUUUCUACUAGCUGUAGUCAUAUUAUUAAGAGUUCUUGUCUUUUGGACUAUUACAUGUUAGUAGACUUCUUAUCCUUUUGUAGUGUAUUGUCGAGGAAAGGUCCUGACGUCAUCUCAUAAGUAAGAACAGUCUUCUUCAAUUAUUGGUGAAAAUUUUGAAUUAGAUCGUGCUACUUUGAAAUUCGAUGUUGUUUUUCGUAGUAGUCCAAGGGGUUGGUUUACUUUUGGGCAUGCUUCAUUUGCUUUGCUCUUCUUCUUCGGGCACAUUUGGCAUGGUGCUAGAACCCUGUUCAGAGAUGUUUUUGCAGGUAUUGACCCCGAUUUGGAUGCUCAAGUUGAAUUUGGAGCAUUCCAAAAACUUGGAGAUCCAAGUACAAGAAGACAAA